GUUGCCUCUUGCUUAUCUUUGCCGUUUGGCGGCACGUGGCGGCAAUGGCAACCUUUUCGCCGCCCGCGGCGGUCUCGCGCGCCGGCGCGGGGGCGUCCGAGCUGCCCCCGCGCCGGCGGCGAGGCCCCUGCGGCGUCGGCCGGAAGACCCGAGACGCGGUCCCGAAAAUUACAGAUGUGGCGCUCGGCGUCACGUGACCAGCAUGCGGGGUAAGCGUUCGAUAAAAGAUGGCGCAAGGCGACGCGCAGCACAGCGCAGCGACCAGCGGAGCGUGAGCGCCGUCACACCGCCGGCCGAGGUUACCGUCCUCCGAUUCCAGUCACAUUUGUAUGUGUCUAUGGAUGCCCAAUAAUCCAGAUGGAUCCUGGACAGGAUUUACUUUUGACAGCCCUUAGUGAGAGCGGCAUUUGCCCAAAUGACGUGUUUGAUGUUGAUUCUCAGGAUGUUCCACAGCCCUCUCCAGCCCAGCAAUCCAUCUCCAUCAGUUCCCUGGAUGCUGGCUUGGUGACAGAGGCAGUUGGAGCUGCUGGGUCUGAGACUGCAGCUCCGCUGCCCAUAGUUACUAUCAGGCACAAACCUCAGCCCUCAACUACCACAUUUGUCUUAAAUCAGCUGAAUCAGUUGCCAUCAUUAGGAACAGUUGUGACCAAACAAUCAACUUCAAACCCAAUCAAACACACAAUAACUGUCACCAAGGUGGUCCAUGUUACGACUUCUCCUUUGCGGACUUCGACAUCUAGCCCCUCAACCACAACUUUCCCUCCAACGUCCACGGCAGUGCCUUCUAAUAGAGAGCAGAUCCAGUUGAAGGACCUCCUCAGGACAAGCAGUCAGACGAGUACUGGACUCAGGAGCAACAGCCUAAUGGAGCUCAUGAAGCUUAAACCUCCACCAGACAUUGCCCAGCCAGUUGCUACAGCAACGGCGACAUGCCCUGCGGAUCUGAAUAAUGGAAUAAAGAAGGAAGUACCAAGUAAAGAUGGUGCCCGAAUUUGGGUAAAUGAAGACAUGAAAGUGCAAAACUUUCAGAACUCACAUUCUCUGAAACCGCCGGGGGUGAAAGAGGAGGAUGAGCCUGAAGAGGAAGAGGAAGAGGAGUUGGGGCAUGCAGAGACCUAUGCAGAGUACAUGCCCAUUAAAUUAAAAAUUGGCCUGCGGCACCCUGAUCCAGUGGUGGAGACCAGCUCGUUGUCCAGUGUCAAUCCACCAAAUGUGUGGUACAGACUGUCCAUCCCAGAGGAAACGAUUGACCGCGGCUGGCUGUCUGCUCUGCAGCUUGAAGCUAUCACUUAUGCCGCUCAGCAACACGAGACAUUCCUCCCUAACGGCGACCGAGCUGCCUAUUUGAUAGGUGACGGAGCUGGGGUGGGGAAAGGCCGGACCAUUGCUGGAAUCAUCUAUGAGAAUUACCUCUUGGGCAGAAAGAGAUCACUUUGGUUUAGUGUUUCAAAUGACUUGAAGUAUGACGCCGAAAGGGAUCUAAGGGAUAUUGGAGCCAAGAACAUUCAGGUCCAUUCACUUAAUAAGUUCAAAUAUGGGAAGAUCUCCUCUAAACAUAAUGGAAGUGUGAAGAAAGGUGUGAUCUUCGCCACCUACUCUUCUUUGAUAGGAGAGAGUCAGUCUGGAGGGAAGUACAAGACCAGAUUUGAACAGCUUCUCCACUGGUGUGGAGAUGACUUUGAUGGAGUUAUUGUCUAUGAUGAGUGUCACAAAGCCAAAAAUGUGUGUCCAAUUGGAUCAUCCAAACCUACUAAGACUGGACUUGCUGUGCUAGAGCUGCAGAACAAACUCCCUAAGGCACGGGUUGUGUAUGCCAGCGCUACAGGUGCUUCGGAACCUCGGAACAUGGCCUACAUGAACCGUCUGGGCAUCUGGGGUGAGGGAACCCCAUUCAAAGAGUUUGGCAACUUCAUCCAAGCUGUCGAGCGCAGAGGUGUCGGUGCCAUGGAGAUAGUUGCUAUGGAUAUGAAACUGAGAGGAAUGUACAUCGCAAGGCAACUGAGCUUUACGGGUGUGACUUUCAAGAUUGAGGAAGUUCCUCUGAAUAAGCAAUACAUUAAGAUGUACAACAAAUCUGUGCUUCUGUGGGUGAGUGCACGUGAGAAAUUUCAGCAGGCCGCCAACCUGAUGGACGCAGAACAACGCAUGAAGAAGUCCAUGUGGGGCCAGUUCUGGUCUGCUCACCAGAGGUUCUUUAAAUAUCUCUGCAUUGCCUCCAAGGUCCACAGAGUGGUGCAGCUGGCCAGAGAGGAGAUCCAUAAUGGAAAGUGUGUGGUGAUAGGUCUUCAGUCAACAGGAGAAGCACGAACCCUUGAAGCCCUGGAAGAAGGAGGAGGGGAACUCAAUGACUUUGUAUCAACUGCAAAAGGGGUGCUACAGUCUCUCAUUGAGAAGCACUUCCCAGCGCCUGACAGACAGAAACUCUUCAGCCUGUUGGGCAUUGACCUCUCAGCCAAGAAGACCCUUUCUCCAAGUGACACUGCAGUAGAAAAGAAGGGCAUAAAGAGAAAAGGUUCAGAGGUGAAAAAGCAGGUGAGAAAGAAACCUCGCAAGCAUGGCGGUUUGUCUGGUACCAGCUCAGACGAGAGCCAGUCAGAGUUAUCAGACAAGGAGUCUGAUAAAGAUUGCGAAAGCGAUGACAGCUUCAAAUCUAUCAGCUCCGCAGAUGACGAUGAUUUCAAUCCAUUCAGAGAUGAGUCCAGUGGCGAUGAGGAAGAUGAUCCAUGGCUCAUCAGAAAAGAACCAAAGAAACAGAAAGAGAAAAAGAAAAAAAUGAAAAAAAAGAAGAUUAUUGACCCAGACUCUGUUGAAAGUGCCUUGCUAGCCUCUGGACUAUGCUCCACCAGACCUGCUUUCACUGCCACUCUCGUCAGUUCCCCCAGCACAACAGCCAUAGGCAAAGAAGACAACCAGGAUACCUGCCUGACAAGUCAGGAUGCAGUGGAGGAUGCCCAGCAAAUGAAGAAAGAGCUGCUGGAUAGGCUUGAAAAGCUAGCUGAGGAUCUGCCUCCCAACACUCUAGAUGAGCUAAUAGAUGAACUUGGAGGACCAGACAAUGUAGCAGAGAUGACUGGUCGAAAGGGUCGUGUGGUCAGUAAUGAUGAUGGUAGUAUCUCCUAUGAAUCUCGCUCUGAGCUGGACGUCCCUGUGGAAAUCCUCAAUCUCACCGAAAAGCAAAGAUUUAUGGAUGGAGAAAAGAACAUAGCAAUCAUCUCGGAAGCUGCCAGCUCUGGUAUAUCCUUGCAGGCUGACCGUCGGGUGAAGAACCAGAGACGGAGAGUCCACAUGACUCUAGAGCUGCCCUGGAGUGCAGACAGAGCCAUCCAACAGUUUGGGAGAACGCACAGGUCAAACCAGGUAACAGCACCAGAAUAUGUCUUUCUCAUAUCGGAGCUCGCAGGGGAGCAGAGAUUUGCGUCCAUCGUUGCCAAGAGACUAGAAAGCCUGGGUGCACUCACUCAUGGAGACAGACGAGCAACAGAAACAAGAGACCUCAGCAGGUUCAAUUUUGACAACAAAUACGGCAGGAAUGCUCUGGAAAUUGUGAUGAAGUCCAUUGUAAAACUCGAGGUUCCAUUAGUGUCUCCGCCCUCAGACUUCGAAGGAGAUUUCUUCAAAGAAAUCCAAAUGGGAUUAAUAGGAGUGGGCCUUAUAAUUGUGGAUGACAGAUCUGGCACACUGUCACUCGACAAAGACUACAACAAUAUUGGGAAAUUCCUGAACCGUAUACUGGGCAUGGAAGUCCAGCAGCAGAAUGCUUUGUUCCAGUACUUUUCUGAUACACUGGGGGCUGUCAUCCAGGAAGCCAAGAGGAACGGCAGAUAUGACAUGGGCAUCCUUGAUCUGGGCUCUGGGGAUGAGAAGGUGAAGAAAAUGGACUGCAGGAAGUUUUUAACACCAGGCUAUACCACAGCCGGACACGUUGAGCUUUAUACAGUGAGUGUGGAGAGAGGGAUGUCUUGGGAGGAGGCCACGCAUGCCUGGGCAGAACAGAGUGGAUCAGAUGAUGGCUUCUAUCUACAGGUGAGGAACAACAGCAAAACAGUCAUAUUGGUGAAGGAAGUGAAUACCAAGAAGCGGCUGUUUCUGGUGUAUAGGCCCAACACAGGCAAGCAGCUCAAACUGGAGAGCUACACAGAUAUCAAAAAGAAGUGUAAAAAGGUCUUGUCAGAAGAUGCAAAGCAGCAUUGGAUCGACCAGUACAAGUCCUCUUCAAAAAUCUGUUCACACGCUUAUUGGCGGGGGAAUUGUAAGAAGGCAUCAGUAGGUCUGCAGUGUGAGAUUGGUCUUCGGUGUCGAACAUACUAUGUUCUCUGUGGAUCAGUGCUUAGUGUGUGGACUAAGGUGGAGAAUGUGCUUGCCUCAGUCAGCGGAACCAAUGUGAAGAUGCAGAUUGUUCGCCUAAGAACCGAGGACGGACAGAGGAUAGUUGGUCUGAUCAUUCCAGCGAACUGCGUGUCACCCCUGAUCAACAUACUGUCGACGUCGGACCAGUGCCAGCAGCUUGCAGUGCAAGAGCAGCAGAAGUGGCAGCAGCUACAUCCCCAAAGUCUCAGUCAUGUACCCAAGACAAAAGGUUGGACCCCUCAGCUGUGAGAUGGGCUUCGGCCCCCUCUCGUUCUGUGUACUUGCAUCCACCAUCUUCGAGGGCCAGGCGUGCCACAAAACUGUGACGUUCUUAACAAUGUUGUACGUAGUGUAGUUUUUCUGUUUGCACCUAGAGAACGUUAAGAGACUCUGACAUCUGACAUUCAGAGUCAAAGAUAUUAGUUAUUUCAGUUCAAGAUUUUAGUGGUUUUAGUCAAAAGAUUUUAGUUAUUUUUAAGGUGGAACAAAAGAAGGUUUGGUGUACUGCAUCCAUUUUUAUCCCGUUCCUCACUCCUCCUGCAAACUGUGCUACAUGCCCCCGUACGAACUUUUUAUUCGAGACAGAGUUCGUCGUAUUGGCCUUCCAUUUAUUUUUCUAGGUAAUUUAAUUUAGUCUGGUCCAUACACCCGAGGAUCAUACCCGACCCAUGCAUAGGGAAAUGUUUUUGUUAUGAGCAGGUGAGGAUAACCCAGUUUUAGUACAGCAGCUCAGUUCCACAUAUUUUUAAAUGUUCAAAACAUGUUCAACAAAAUAAAGAGGCAAAGAAAAAGAUAGAAAAUGCUUCAUCGUCACUUUACAUACAUACAGUUCAUUCUCUGCAGUUAAGCUAUUGACACACACACCGACGUGGGUGGACACCCGUGUCCACUAGGGCGGCGGGCGGCCGCAGCGCCCGGGGACCAACUCCACUUCUCUUCCAUCGCCUUGUUCGGGGGCGCAGGCGGGGGUGUUAAGCUCAAUGUGUGUAUAUUUUAUGGGGGGGGGGGGCACGCGGACACGGGGAGAACACGCAGACUCCACGCAGAAAGGGACCCGGGACGGCCUGGGGUUCGAACCCGGGGCCUUCUCGCUGCGAGGCGGCGGCGCUAACCACUGGGCCAACCUGCCUCUAGUCCUGCUACGUUUGUAAAGGGUUGCUUAUUAUUUUUGCAAAAUGAGUGAAGGAAUGGUGUUGAUAUAAGUUUUACCGGGAGAAUUUUAGAAAGAGUUUUUAUCUGAGCAGCAGCCGUGGCGAUGACGUGACCCACAGGUUCUCUGCAAAGUAAGAAGUAAGACGCUCUCUGGCCGCAUUUCCUCGUACUUGGCGUGUAAAGUAAAGCCAAGCAAACAAGGUUUAGAGUAACUCACGCCGUUGUAUUUCAUCAUCGAUUCACCUACUUUAAAAAGACUUGUGUACCGUGUCCCAGUCUCUUGGGGGACUCGGCGUGGACUUGGUCUUUUUGCUUCGGCCACCUCUUGGCACAAAUUAGUUUCCAUUUCAUUCUAGAAAAACAUUUCUAUAUUAGUCUUUGCUGUAAAACUGGCUUUGGUAGGAGAAGGGAAUGUGCUGACAAGAGCAAAGUUAGAGGGAAAUUUCACCGAUGGUUUUGUGCGCAAUCUGUACUGAUGAUUGGUGGCGUCCGGGUGGCGUGGGCGUUGCCUACCAACAUGGGGAUCGGCGGUUCGAAUCCCCGUGUUGCCUCCAGCUUGAUCGGGCGUCCCUACAGACACAAUUGGCUGUGUCUGCGGGUGGGAAGCCGGAUGUGGGUGUGUGUCCUGGUCACUGCACCAGCGCCUCCUCUGGUCGGUCGGGGCGCCUGUUUGGGGGGGGGGGACUGGGGGGAAUAGCGUGAUCCUCCCACGCGCUACCUCCCCCUGGUGAAACUCCUCACCGUCAGGUGAAAAGAAGCGGCUGGCGACUCCACAUGUAUAGGAGGAGGCAUGUGGUAGUCUGCAGCCCUCCCCGGAUCGGCAGAGGGGGUGCCUGGGAUGGCUCGAGAGAGUGGGGUAAUUGGCCGGGUACAACCGGGGUGAAAAGGGGCCGGAAAAAACCCCAAAAAGAAAAAAAAAGAAGGUGUAGAAGCGAUCGGGAACGACCGCAGGAGUUUUUCAUGGGCCACCCCUGAGACGAGGUUAUGAAUCGGUGAAGUUUCCCUUUAAAAUCUGAAGUCUUGCGAAAUCGAGAACCCUUUUAAUGAGACCAAGAACAUUUGUCAAUUUUUGUAUUUCUUUGUUUAUAUAUAUAUAUAUAUAUAUAUAUAUAUAUAUAUAUAUACAUACA